UUUGCCAUUUGCGUUCAUAACCCCCAUUUGCCAUUUGAUUUCAUAGCCCCUCCGUCGACAGCAUUGACGCCGCCGACUAGCGAUGUCCGACCAGCUGACCCUUUCCUUUCAGGGUCUCUGGUCUCCAGAAACGCCGGAAAUGUCGCGGCGGCGUGUGUCUGCACCAGGAUUUAGAGAUUCAGACGAGUGUAGGAGUAGGUGCGGCGCCUAAUGGAAGCGGCGAAAUUUAGUGGUGUGAGAAGGGCGGAAAUCCGCGGGAAAAGAGAGCGAGCUCUAUUAUGAGCGGAAAUUCUGAGCGAUUGAGAGAAGCUCCGGUGCGAGACAUCGAUGUACACCGGAGAGAAGGCGCAGACUUGAGUCUCUUCACCACAAAUCUUUGUUCAGCAUCUGUUGUGGCUACACACGCACUUCCAAAGGUUCCCACCCCAAGCAACUCAAUAGAAGCCAAGCUUGCAUCUUUGACAUCAAAAUCAGGGCGAAAUUCAGAAAGCAGAAGCAGAUUGGGAUGUGAUCUUGAUGAACUGCGUAGGCAUGAAAUGUCAAAGGUCAGAUCACCAAAGGAAGAAGUCAGAGAGAGUGCUCGUGCUCCUGGAAGGUUGAUGACAGAGUUCCCAUAUCUCCUGUUUCUUGACAGCAGCAGCCACCAGCCUCUCCCAGUUAUCAUAGAUUGCAGAUAUUUUCCCAUAAACUUCUCAUCUGAUAAAACAGUUGAUGGCCUAAAAUUGCAGGGCGGCGGAGCGGCGAUUUCAGACGGAUAAGCUAGGGCUCGACUUUUCCCUUCAUUUGUGCGCUUUCAGAGAGAGGAACCGUUCGCCGGAUUUCAGACGAGCCACAGCGGCAGAACUUGUGAGUUAGAGGGGAGGCGACUGAUCUGUGUUGUGGAAAACGCAAGGGAGAGAGAGGAGGGCUUUUCCAGCAGUGGGUGUUAGGGAGAAGAGAGAUGUCCAUUUCUUGGGCUGAGAAUUAUUAAGGAAAUUUAAUAAAAUUUGGGCUAUACAAUCUAGGGUAAAAUAGUAAAUUUUUAAUUAAUUAUUAUAUAAUAUUUUAAAAGGGGCUAUAAGGAGGAGUAAAAUGGGGGCUAUGAAUAGAAUCACCCUUUUAAAGUUUGGUCAUUUUGCCAACUUCAAUAUUUUUCUUUUUUCUCCUCAAAAAAAAAAAAGUUUUUCUUUUCUUUUUUUAGUUGGUGGAAGAUGAAUAUUGAGGAUUGAACCCAAACCUUAAUAGAGAGGGUGCAUAGCUUGUAAUAAGGUUAAAUAAAAAAUAAAAAAUUACCAUCGUGAGAAUAUAUGCACUGAAUGUAUAAAAUAAUUAUAUUAUGAAAAUGCAUUAAAUACGUAAUGUUAUUUAUCCAUUAAGUGCAUUUAUCUCACAGUUCUCACGAUUAAAAAAUUUUAUUUGACCUUCAACCAUGUAUAUAUAUUUUUUAAAAAUUAAGAUAAAAUUUAUUGAAAGCUGAAAAGGACAUAUCAACAUUUCAAUGAAGAAUUAUAUUUUAUUUAAAUAAAUCAAUCACUUCUAUUUAAAUAACCUUCCAAAAUUGUGUAAAAAGUUUCAUGAAAGGAAAUUUGCCCACCUUCAAAUCUUAAAAAACGCAACAUUUUCGAUUCACAUGAUAGAGAGUUCAAAAAUUAUAUGAUUGCCACCCUUCAAUUCUUAUGAAAAUAAAAUUUUUAUUUAUAGAGAAAUAAAGUUUUAGGUUCAUACGAUAUGGUUUAAUUGUGAAUCUAUGAUACAAUCAUCAUACAACCUGUCUAAAAUUAUUGAUGAAAAUCU